AUUGUGGUGCAAAAUUUCUUGCAAAAUCCACGAAGAGGAGUAGCAUUAUGAAGAAACACCAAAGCCUUUUCUCUGGGUGGGACGCCAACCAUUAAGAGCUGUCACUGCCUCCUGGGAGUUCCUCUUGGGCCCACCAAGCUCACCUGUCCAGCUCCGCUCUGCCCCGCCCUCCGGCGCACCCGAACCAAUGGGCCGAGCCGGGCGGGAGUGCGACCAAUGGGAUGGCCGACGGAGAAGCGCUGCCUGGAAGAGGCGCCGGGCGCGAGGCAGUGCGGAGUUGCGCGAGGAGGAGCAGGUGUAAGUCGUUCGGCGCUGGGAUGUCUCUGCAGGCUGAUUUUGACAGGGCCGCCGAAGACGUGAGGAAGCUGAAGGCACGACCUAGUGAUGAAGAAUUGAAAGCACUCUACGGGCUGUACAAGCAAGCCAUGGUUGGGGACGUUAAUAUCGCAUGUCCAGCAAUGUUAGACUUAAAAGGCAAGGCCAAGUGGGAAGCGUGGAGCCUCCAAAAAGGGUUGUCAAAGGAUGAGGCCAUGCUUGCCUACAUUUCUAAAACUAACGAGCUGAUUGGAAAAUAUGGAAUUUAGAAACCAGCAGAGGAGAGGUUUUUCCUUCUGGAGCUUUCACGGUGAAGGUAUCACAAGCUAACAUUGAAUGGCGCAAUGUGUUCUCUAUUAUUCUGUAUUUUUGCUAUUAACAUGAUUUAUAAUAUUUAAUUAGGAAUAUUGUGUAACUGGACACUGAUUAAAUUUUACUUGAUAAAUCGGGUGACUC